ACAGCCUCCCUGGCUAGGAGAAGUGGCUGUUGGGCAGGGCUUCUUUCUGAGUGCCCUUCAGCCAUGGGCUGGGGCUGUAGGUUUUUUGGGGGCUUAGUGCUGCUUUGGUUGCUGGGGGCAGCCCUGGGGCAGGGGGAGUUGCAGGGGGUCAGUUUCUCUGUCUUGCAGUAUGAGUAUGAGUGUGGAGACUAUGGGAUGCAGCUGCUGGUCUUUCCCACCCAGGGCCGCCCCGUCCGCUUCAAAGUUGUGGAUGAGUUUGGGACUCCCUUUGAAGUAACCAACUGCUCCAUCUGCCUCCACUGGGUCACUGCUGGCAGGGAAGGCUCUGUGAUCUUCUCAGCAGGCUACAACGGCUGUCAUGUGCUCAGGAAGGAUGGCCGGAACCACCUGAGGAUCCGAGUGGAGGAGCUGCAGAGCACCGGGACUGUCGCUGCUGCCUACGAUUUGAACAUGAUCUGCCCCAAGGCCACUGAACAUGACUUAAGGCCAGAGGAGGCCAUGCGUGCCGUGCCGCAGCCCGGCCUGGUGCUCCCGGGGCUCAUGCCACAACCCGGCCUGGGGCUCCCAGACCCUGUGCCGCAGCCCGGCCUGGUGCACCCGGGGUCCAUACCGCAGCCCGGCCUGGUGCACCCGGGAUCCAUACCGCAGCCCGGCCUGGUGCACCCAGGCCCUGCCGCCCUAGGUGCCCAUGUCACGCAGGAGCAGUGCCGUGUGGGGGCUGGAAAGAUCCCCUGUGCGGAUGCCUCAGACUACACUGCUUGCAUGCAGGCUGGCUGCUGUUACGAUGAGACGGACCCAACAACUCCCUGCUACUAUGGCAACACAGUCACUAUUCAGUGCCUCCUGGAUGGUCACUUUAUUCUGGUGGUCUCCAGGGACAUGUCUGCCCACCCCAUCGUUCUGGACAGUGUCCGGCUAGCCUACGCCCAGACUGGGUGUGAUCCCAUCAGGAAAUACUUUCCCUUCACACAGUGCGGCACCACAGCUCAGGUGAUUGGGGACAAACUGAUCUAUGAGAACCAGCUGAUCUCUGGCAUCGACAUCCGAACGGGGCCAAGUGGCUCCAUCACCCGGGACAGCCCCUUCAUCCUCCAUGCUCGCUGCAUCUACAAUGCCAGUGACUUCCUGCCACUGCAGGUUCAGAUCUUCCUGCCCCCCUCACCUGCUCCAGUCACCCAGGAAGGACCCCUCCACCUUGAGCUGCGCAUUGCCACAGACCUGAGCUACACAUCCUACCUUGAGGAGGGAGACUACCCUGUGCUGAAGGUGCUCAGAGACCUGAUCUACGUGGAGGUUCGCAUCCUGCAGAGAACAGACCCCGCCCUGGUCCUGGUUCUGCACCAGUGCUGGGCCACCCCCAGUGCGAACCCCCUGGAGCAGCCACAGUGGCCCAUCCUGGUGGACGGGUGCCCGUUCCUGGGAGACAACUACAGAACCCAGCUUGUGCCCAUGGGCCCGGCCUCCUCUGAGCUGCCCUUCCUGAUGCACCACCAGCGCUUCGUCCUCUCCACCUUUGCCUUUGUGGACUCUGCUGCCCAGAUGGUGCUUGAAGGACUGGUGUACCUCUUCUGCAGUGCCUCUGCCUGCCACCCCUCCCAGCUGGAGCCCUGCCAGACCAUGUGCCCAUCAGGGGCUGCUAUAAGCCACCGGUUUCUGCAUAUUGGCAGUGGGACAGAGCCCCAGGACCUAGUGCGUUCUCAUGGAACGCUGAUCUUCCAGGAGAGUCCUGGGUCACACCGAGAGCACGUCUGA